UUGUUCGCAACGAGACGGGGAACGGCAAGACGGCAACGCCGUGCGCCACGUGGCGUGUACUUCAGAUCGGUCGGCGUCUCCUCUCCCUUCGUUCUCCCCUCGUCCUCCGAAAUUUCGUUCUCUUGGGAUUGACUUUCGGCACCCUCCUCGUCAGAAAUUGCCCUAUCCUCUUUUUGCCCAAUACCUAAAUGCAUGCGCUUUGUUUGAAAGGUUGCUCUCUUUGCAUCUUCCAUACUUUUUCUCUUUAAAUGAGAUAAAUUCGAAUUUGGAUUUGGAAAAAGAGAACGAAGUAUAAAGAGUGCGAUAGUAAUAAAAAUUGAAUUUCUCAUGUUUUUAGAUUAUUGCUUUAAGAUAAAGAAAUCAAAAAAUUAAUGCUGUGAAAUCAGUCGAGAUGUGCGAACGAAUUCUCGAACAAUUUUUUUAGGUUUAGAACAAAAUUUUAGCAUUGAAUCUCUUAUGCGUGGUUCACCUUUAUCAAUGCAGAUUAAUUUUAAUUUCUAUUUUACUUACUCUUUAUCUUUUUUAAAUUAAUGCUUAGAACUAAAAAAAGGAGUAUAAGUUGAAUUGAGAGGUAAAUUGAAAUUAACGUUAUAAAUUGAGAUUACAUUGACAUUUAUAUUUUACAACAUGCACUAAUUGUACGAAAUCACGUUCACGUGUCAUUUAAUUGUCUGUCUUAUAGAUAAAUUAGAUUAAUUAUAGAUAAUCAAAGGAAGCAUAAUUUUAAAAAAAUUAAACCGAAAAUUCUAUAUGUGUAUAUAAAUAUUCUAUGUGUCGUGUCCAGAAUAGUGCACGCGCGAUUUUCAUCGUCGUAUGAGAAAAUCCCUUGAAAUUGAAUGGCCAUAUUUAGCGUUACCCGGAGCGUUCGGAGUGUGAGGAGCACGGUGAAAAAACGAACAGACCCGGGGAUGUGAGUUGGCAUAUUUUAACCGCAUGUUCGAACGCACGGACCAACCAAUCGCGUGGCUCCGUUGAUGCCACGUUGCCGCGCGCAGCGCCCGCAUCCGACCAAUCGAAAGCCGGCGCGACGUGGGCGCGCCAUCUGUGCACGACUCGCGAAAAUGGCCGAGAAUGGCCCGUUUCAGACCGUGGCCAAAACUCGUCUUGCAGCCGUCGCCAUGUUUAGAAGUGUGUACGCGUCCUUGGGCGUGCGGUGUGACGAUGUAUCGUAAAAUAUUAGAUAUAGCUCAUGCGCCAUAUGUUACGUGAAGUACCCAAUUGCGAGUUGUCUCACGCGGAACACGGGCGUGACGAUCAUUCCCGUGGAUGGCGCGCCCACGUCACGAUAAUUUGUGAUUACAUUAUGCGUAAUGUGCAAUGAGUGAUAAACAAGGUGCACCUAUUUUACCACCCCUUAAUCGGGGUGCAGCUAAUAAUGGCGGAAAUAAUGGAAGUUCGGCUCAACAGACUGUCAGUCUGCAGCAGGUUCUUACCACCCCUCAAGGCCUCAAUGUGCUUGCCACUACCAGUGGGCAACAGUUUGUUAUUACAACUCAAAUUCCUGGUUUACAGGUUAUACAACCAAACAAUGCCACGACUAACGCGAGUGGAACGCAACAAGUUGGUGUUACAAGGUUUGUUAACAUCACGCCACCGCGCAAUGCUGUUGGAAAUGUCAGCAUCGCUGGCACAUCGCCUCAUUCGUCACCAGUGUCGCGGCCACAAAAUUCCCCGAAAGUUAUGCUGACAACGUCGCCGAAACUUGUACGCACCUCCAUAAGCAACAUAUUCGUGGCGCCAAUGUCGUCGUCAUCGCCAUCGCAGGUAUCGUCGCCGCAGGUGCAGGUGCAGUCACCGUCGCCACCAGCGAGGAAACGGCUGAAAUUGUCGGAAACUACGGAGAAAUCUAUUCCAUUCGACGCCACCGGCUAUCGCAGGCGGAUAAUGGAGCAUAAGAUGCGGCGGAUGCGUAGCGUACGUGAGAAGUACACUGAGAACGCGUCAGAGCUGUUCUUCCUGCAUGCCGGUGGCAACAUAAUGGAUUACUAUACUUGGCGAAAGCGAUCUCCAACGCCGCAAUUUGUACACUUUUUGCGUCAGCAUCGACUCGAUCCGGAUGACGAAAACGAGGAUCUGACUACGCCAUUGUCGUCAAUACCUGAAUUCUCGCAGCUGCCUGCUGUCACCACUACUAUCACCACUACUACAACCGUUACCAGUGCUAUUGUCACCGCUACCACCGCUGUCACAACCGUCACGUCCAGUGGUUCUACUGUAGUCCAGAUCCCGAGUCAAAGAGCAGAAGUUAAAAUUGCUGGGGCAGGUAGUACGCCAGUUGCGGUAUCCACCACUCUACCUGCUGCAGCUCUAGCCCAGCUUACUCAAGGACAAGUACCAGGUAGGCCUCAAGGAGGCCGCCAUGGCAUGGUGUUUGCCUUCCGAGCGGCAAUCCAGUCUUCGCCAGUCACCGUUCACCCUCCAUCCGCUUCUACCGUAACACCCACAUUCAUUAUAGGUGGAACGUCGGUGGACUCAAAAGCGACUACAACUACAAACAGUCCAGUAGUGGAAAAGUCAUCGAUAACCACUGUCGCCACCCCGAGAACAUCUAUAACAUCAGUUUCACUUAAUAAUCCCCAACCUAUCGUUAAGCUCGUUAAAUUAUCUACACCCACUACCAUAACUACUUCCUGUGAUAUCACAAACAAUCAGGAACAAAUAGUAGAAAAAGCUAAGCAGGAGGCGUACGUAAUGCAAAGGAUUGCAGAGUUACAACGUGAGGGAUUAUGGUCAGAACGGCGAUUGCCCAAAGUACAAGAGCCGACCCGAACCAAAGCCCAUUGGGAUUAUUUGCUGGAGGAAAUGGUCUGGUUGGCCGCUGACUUCGCCCAGGAACGUAAAUGGAAGAAGGCAGCGGCUAAGAAAUGCGCGAGAAUGGUGCAAAAGUAUUUUCAAGAAAAGGCAAUUCAAGCGCAGAAAGCUGAGAAAUCGCAAGAGCUUCGGCUGAAGAAGAUCGCCAGCUUGGUUGCUAAGGAAAUCAAGACUUUUUGGGCAAAUGUUGAGAAAUUGGUGGAGUAUAAGCAACACACGAGGCUAGAAGAAAAGCGAAAAAAAGCAUUGGAUCAACAUUUAAAUUUUAUUGUGGGGCAAACGGAAAAAUACUCCACGUGGCUAACGGAAGGUCUUAACAAGACCGAUGGUCCGCAGAGUAUUCCAGCUUCCAUAAAUAGUUCACGUAUCUCUUCGCCAGUUCCACUGGGAAAAUGCCAUUCCGAUGAGGAAUUCCAGCCAAAUCAGAGUUCAGAUGAUGAUGAGGAGACUAUAGCUAAGGCCGAAGAGGAAAUGAAAGCGACUAAUCAUAAAGAGGAAGUAGAGUUGUUAAAAAGAGAAUCGGAAAUACCCUUAGAAGAUCUCCUAAAGGAUUUGCCGCCAGAUUAUUUGGAAAAUCGCAAUAGAAGUCUGUCGCCGCAAACUGCAACGAAUGAAGAACAUGAAAAUGAGGAAGCAGUUGAUGCAGAUACAGACUUCAUUGCGGCGUCUGGCGAAUCUUCAGAUGAAGAAGAUACUAUUAUGGAAGAAGAAAGACUCGAGGGAGAAAUCGAUCACAAACGGGAGCUUGAUGAACUUAAGGCUGAUAAUGAAAUGUCUAUCGAUGAACUUGCUGCCAAAUAUGCAAAUAUGUCGGACAUGUUGAUGAACGUAGAGGAAACUGAAGGUACAGAUAAGGAAAGCAGCGACAAAGAAGCGGUGGCGGAGAUCGAAGAUCAGAUAACUAGCAGCGAGAGUGAAAGCGAAGAGAGUGAUCAUGAUAGUGAUGAGGAAGAGACUCGAACUCAAAGUGAUACCGAAACAGAUGUGGGACUUCAAUCUCUUCUCGAAGAUCCCUCCGCAGAAAAACAAUCGGACAAUAGAGUCGCAGAAGAUGAUCAUUCGGACGCUCAUAAUGAAAUGGAUAAUGUUGCUGCAUUGGCUGAGAGCAUCCAGCCUAAGGGAAAUACAUUACUCACCACUAGUGUUGUCACUAAAAUACCUUUUCUUUUGAAACACUCUCUUCGAGAGUAUCAACACAUAGGAUUGGACUGGCUUGUUACAAUGUAUGAUAGAAAAUUAAAUGGCAUUCUGGCCGACGAGAUGGGUCUAGGCAAAACUAUACAAACCAUCGCGCUAUUGGCGCAUCUGGCCUGCGAAAAGGGAAAUUGGGGGCCACAUCUUAUAAUUGUGCCGACUUCUGUGAUGCUUAAUUGGGAAAUGGAAUGCAAAAAAUGGUGUCCCGGAUUUAAAAUAUUAACAUACUACGGCACACAAAAAGAGAGGAAACAAAAGAGAACAGGGUGGACGAAACCAAAUGCUUUCCAUAUAUGCAUUACGUCUUAUAAAUUAGUAAUACAAGAUCACCAAAGUUUUAGACGAAAAAAAUGGAAAUAUCUUAUUUUGGAUGAGGCACAGAAUAUCAAGAAUUUUAAGUCACAGAGAUGGCAGUUGCUUUUAAAUUUCCAAACUCAGCGGAGAUUACUUCUUACCGGCACACCCCUUCAAAACAAUUUAAUGGAAUUGUGGUCGCUUAUGCACUUUCUUAUGCCUAACGUUUUUCAGUCUCAUCGCGAAUUUAAAGAGUGGUUUAGCAAUCCUGUCACAGGCAUGAUCGAAGGAAACAGCGAAUACAACGAGAAUAUAAUCCGUCGUCUGCAUAAGGUGUUGCGGCCAUUUCUUUUAAGACGAUUGAAAACUGAAGUGGAAAAGCAAUUACCGAAGAAAUAUGAGCAUGUGGUCAUGUGCCGUUUAUCAAAGCGUCAAAGAUUUUUGUAUGAUGAUUUUAUGUCGAGAGCCAAAACGAAGGAAACGCUCGCCAGCGGGAAUCUGUUAAGUGUAAUUAACGUAUUAAUGCAAUUACGGAAGGUGUGUAAUCAUCCAAACUUGUUCGAAGUGCGACCGACCGUUUCGCCAUUUCAAAUGGAAGCAAUCGAAUUCGUGACCGCUUCGUUAGUCUGGAACGCGCUCGAUUACGAUCCUUUUAAGCACAUCCAACUGUCUAGCUUGAACCUUUUGCUGUUAGAUCUAGAGGUGACACUCACUGCUUUCGUUGCGCAUAGAAUAAAUCGUCUGCGGACGCCCAGAAAACUUAUAGAAGAAAUAGAUAGUCAACCGGAACCAGCGCCGAGAUGUCCAUCUGGUCGUAUUAAGAUUAACGUUAGAUUAUCGAAUCAAGCGAAGCCACAACAGCAACAACAACAACAAGCGCAGACCAGGAUAAAACAUCUGGCUGGCGUAUUACCCACGCCAAGAGUGGGUACGUCUCCCUUGAUAAAGUCAUUAAAUACCAGCCAGAGUGGUCCGGGACAAGUCUCAGGGGUUACAUUGAGAGUCGCGAGUGGUCAACAACUGCAAGGUUAUUCUCUGCAACUAGUGCCGCAUCAAGGUAGUGUAAAAGCUAUUCCUGUGGCAACAUUGGGACACAAUCCGCAAAGUACCACCGUAACAUCAACCACGGCGUCGACGAACGCGCAAAGAAUUACAGUGGGAAAUGCUAACAUCAGAGAUGGCAUUCAACGACUGGCAACGCAAACCGUCACGGUCAAACAAGGCGAUUCCGUCCAAAGAAUAGCAGUGCCUGGUUUUGCGCAACUGGUUCAAACUUCUACUGGUAGACACUUCAUUUUGACGCCGAGUCAACAGAACACUAAUACAGUUUCUUUUCCAGUCAUGACAUCAAGCACACCACGUUUUACGGUGUUAUCUAAAUCACUGAUGGGUCUGUCCACAUCGGGUGCCACAACGGUGAACAAGGUCGUUAGUGGAGUAGUGACAACGCCAAGCGGUCGACCCGUCAUGAGAGUACCUCCUUUGAAUGUAACUGCCUCGCAAUCACCAAGCGGAAACAAUGGCCAACAGAUAGUCAGUCAGCAACAACCGCAAUCGAUACGUAGUAUAGUUACCAGACAGGCUCAAAAGGAAGUCGCGAAAGCACAGAACAAAGAGGAACCCAAAUCCGAAUUUUAUUUGCCGCAAUUAGAAGAAGAAAGGAGACAGAGGAGACAAACUAAAUUGCAUCUUUUAGCAAAUGUCAACGAACGAAGAUGUGCGGCGUGCCCGCUUUACGGUGAAGAUCUUUUUAUGGCUUUGAGAAUUGGCAAGCCUACGACAGCCUGUCGUUGGCACAAUGGUUGGGUACAUUGUACGACAUCUAAGGAGAAUAUUCACACUCGGAAAGAGUUUUUUUCACGCACAGAAGCGUUGGCAGAAGCUAUCAAGAGCACGGAACAGAUUGUUGAAGAAUUUAAAGAGGUUUUCGAAAGAUUUGUAAUCUACGUGCCAGCUGUCCGGGCACCAGUGCCUCGGUUUCACGUAUCUCAUCCGUCGCCGCAUAAACUAUGGAAUGCGCGUCGUCUAUGGACUGAUUUACAGCAGCAACUGUCGCCGAAAUUGUCCUUGUUCCAUCCAAUUUCAAGCCUCAUGCUUACACAGUUUCCCGAUCCCAGACUGAUUCAAUACGACUGCGGCAAGUUGCAGUCGCUGGAUCAUCUAUUGAGAAAACUGAAAUCCGAAAAUCACCGGGUUCUUAUAUUCACGCAAAUGACCAGAAUGCUGGACGUAUUAGAAGCCUUUUUGAAUUUUCACGGGCAUAUUUAUCUGCGACUGGAUGGCACUACCAGAGUGGAUCAACGUCAGGUUUUAAUGGAGAGGUUCAAUGGAGACAAGCGAAUAUUUUGUUUUAUCCUAUCGACAAGAUCUGGUGGUGUUGGCGUGAAUCUGACAGGCGCGGACACUGUAAUAUUCUAUGAUAGCGAUUGGAAUCCUACGAUGGAUGCUCAGGCACAAGACAGAUGUCACAGAAUAGGACAAACGCGGGACGUACAUAUCUAUAGAUUAGUUAGUGAAAAGACUGUUGAAGAGAAUAUUCUAAAGAAAGCGAACCAGAAACGAUUGCUAGGAGAUCUUGCUAUUGAAGGCGGCAAUUUUACUACGGCGUACUUCAAAAGCUCUACUAUUCAAGAUCUAUUUAACAUUGAUCAAACGGAAAACGAUGCGUCAACGCGAAUGGCUGAAGUGCUCGAGCAAAAUCGGGAUCGAGAGAAAGCCUGGAAUAAGGAUGUGACAGCAGGAACAUUUCAAGGUGUUCUUUCUGGACAGCAUACGGAAGAGAAAACAGCAAUGGGCGCUCUUGAAAGCGCUCUCGCAGCUGUUGAAGAAGAUCUUGAUGUUCAGGCUGCGAAGACAGCAAAAGCGGAAGCUGUUGCCGAUCUUGCCGAGUUCGAUGAGAACAUUCCCCUGGAGGAAGCUGACAAAGACGACACGCAGGUCAGCAAGGCAGAACAGGAUGUUCAAAAUCUGAUUUCUCAGCUGACUCCAAUUGAGCGAUACGCGAUGAAAUUUGUUGAGGAGUCCGAAGGUGCGUUCUCCGCAGCACAAUUGGCCGCAGCCGAACGGGAGCUCGAAGAACAGAAAAAGGAGUGGGAGCUGGAUCGGUUGCGGGCGCUACGCGAGGAGGAGGAACGACGCAUGCGGCUUGCUGACGACGACGAGAAGCCGCUGACGUUUGGCCGCGAGGAUGCGCAGAAUCAGGUUAAUAGCACUACCGCCAAAGGCGGUUCCAGGCGAUUAGUUAGUAAGAGAUUAAUAGUACCGAGUAGAAGAAGUUUGCGUAGACGUGGCGGUAGUAGAAAGAGACGCGUGCGUGAGUUUUCGUCGGAGAGCGAAAACGAGACUACUAGCACGGAAUCAGAAUCAGAUUCAGAAUCGCAGGAGGAUGUGGUUGAGGAUAGUCUUGAUGAAGAAUCGAGUCAUACGGAAAGUCAAAGUCAAGGGGAUGAGGGCGAAGAGGAGGAAGGAGAAGAUGACGAAGGGGAAAGUGGAGAAAAAGAAGAGAGCGAUGAAGAGGAGGCUGGUGAAGGAAACGAGGAUGGGAGAGCGAAUAAUCGUGACAAUUCCGAGCGAGGAGGAGGUUUCUCAAGACGAAAGGGUCGCCUAGCGGGUUCUGGGUCCUGCACACGGAAUCAUUUUGAUUUGAACAGUCCACGUACCAGAUCUCGUGGAAAUGUUCAAAUCAAUCUUUGGACCCUAGACGUGAGCCCGAUCUUACCUGGUGUAAAGCCAAAUUUUCGCCGGCAGCGUAAGAAAUUUCAUCGCGCGAAGUCCGAGGAAACCUCUUCGCCGUCAUCAGUUGACACUUGUCGUAAAAAAACCAUUCGAAUCAAUACGAACACCAAGGUUUCCAAUUCUGAUCAGAAUUUAAAGACUGAGAUUAUUGAGACGGAAGUUGAUCGAGGUUUAUCGAAGAACAAACGAGAUCCGAAUCUCGCGUCGUCCUUGAUCAAUUCGAAUAGUGUGAAGCGAUAUAUUGCCGAUUCUAAUGCGGAGCGAUCAAUCGACGAUUAUGUAGAUUCUUCGACAUCAGUUGUCAAAGCGCAGUCGAACCAAACGAAAACGUCGGAAUUGAUCUCUAGUGACGCAAUGGAUGGACAAAGUGUUAAAAAAGAAAAAGAAAAGAAUGACGAGAAACUGACAAACGGUACUAAUUUAGUCUGUUCCGUUCAGGUGAUGCGGUGUUCGCAUAAAGUAUUGUCCACGACCUACAAGAAGCUCGAACCCGAGAUAAAUCGUAACGAGGAUGCAGAGAAUCUCGAUGUAAAUGUCAGUGCGAAGGAUUCUCGAUCUUCUUCGGGCACAGUACAGCCAGAUGCGUCCUUGAAGCGCUCGAAAGAGACUACGAUAGCCAAGCCCAAAUCGGAAUUCAGCACAUCGGUCAAUUCUUUGUGUAACAAUGUGCGAGGGAAAUUGGUUGCGCCGAAAGAGUCAGAUAAAAGCGUUGAGUCACCUUCGAAUCGUUCUUCAGUUCCUCUUUUACGAUCGAAAACAUUGCGAAACGGAAGUCCUGACGCGGCUGACACAAUCUCUAAACCAGUCCCGAUAUCCCGUGUUUCCACUGUACCGAAAAAUUCCAAGACUAAUAUAAGUACUGACGAACCUUAUGAUAACGCGAUCGAGGAUAAAGAUAAAGAUAAUUGCGAUGAAGCUAAUGAUGACGUCGAGUCGGCAAUAUCCGCGACGCAAAAGUCUGGUCAGAGAUUUAAUUCGAAAAGCGAAAAUUUAGAUACACAAAUAUCGGAAAAAGAAAUAAGCGAUAUGGUGUCAAACGCGACCGACUUUUUAAUGCCUAUGGUAAAAAGCGAAUUUAAUUUAAACGAACCCAAAUCGAAAAUACGAAAAGUGGACAGCAUGGUUCAACGAAGCGUAACAACUCGUAGCUCAAAAAUUCCCUCAACUAUUAAUCAUAUAGAGGAAAAUAACAUGCAACUGAUGAACGACAAGAUCGAUUCGAUAUCGGAGAAUAAAAAUGGUUCGCAAAUGAAAAUAACGGGCCAAGUAACGCGAAAAACAGACAAUUCUCAGCAUUUAGUUGCGGAACAGAGUAGAAUCACACGUUCGACAAGUCACUCGUGGACGCCUCCGCUUCCACCUUCAGUUAGCAAUGAUGAGACGACACAAAAUUUACCGAAACUGACACCGAGACGAAGACCAGACACUCCUCUUCCGCGACCAAUCACGAGAUCUACAACUGUGAAUUUUCCCGCGAGAAUCGAUGCAAUAUUGCCCAGUCGAGUCGAAAAAUACACGACUCGGAAUUCGAAGCAGUGCCAGGAUAAUGGCCUGUUCAGCUCUCCAAUGCCGUUUAGACAUAAUAAAUCGCUACCGCCUAUAAAAUCAGAUUCAAAAGAGAUUCCAAUGACGAUUACGGUGGUCUCAGCGAAACGGCGGCCAGACACACCCCGACCCAAUAUACCGCUUAGUCAUAACAACGAACAAGUAUCUAGAGUGACGCGCUCAGGAUUGCUCUUGAGUUCCGCUCUCUCGGCAAAGUCACUAUCAUCGCCAUUGUCAUCUUCCUCUUCCUCCGCACUUAGGACGACCGCCAAACAGAUACGAACCCCGUCAACGAGCAGUGAGAGCGAAAACAUCGCAAACUCGUCGGCUUAUGAGAAGCCUCAAAGAACGGCCAAGGUCGUGGCCCUUCUCACUAUAGACACAAGAAAUAAUAGUAGCAAGAUCUCAUCAGGUCAAUCUAAACCCAACGUCAAUUACGAGAUGAAGGUCCAAGACAAGGAACUUUCCAUGUCUCGAGUAUCAGACUCACUGAAAGAACAGCAGGAAGUCGAUCAUGAGAGCUGUGACUCGUCUGACGUAAAAUCCAAGAAACUGCGUAGGGAAACGAAACGUUGUAAAACUGUAUCAAGCUCGUUGGAAGACGAAAACGGCUCUAACGACGUUAGCGACGAAGAUCCAUCGCAGAGGAGAUCUCGCUCUUCGCAGAUUUCUCCCUCGCCCUCCUCCUCUGUUACAACAACGCGAUCCGAAAAACUAAAAGGUACCACAGUAUCUUGAGCCACGCUGAAGUAUUAUUGUGGUAAUCGUUGUCGAGAACGCAAGUUAUUCGGUCGGGAAUACAAUUGUUAUUUGACAAAAUCAGUCAAAUGUUAUUACUCUACUACUGCGUCUGCUAUUCAAUCUGCCUACUAUGUGCGUGAUGCAGGGUUUAGCAUUUGUCGCGUGAUAUUCUUAUCUUGGUGCUUCUUUUAUUAAGAUUCUUUCAGUAGUAAAAUCAAUGAAAAUGUGUGCACAUUUUUCAAUAUUUGUGCAUUACAAUAUAUAAUUGAAAAGAAGUAAGAGAUAUAAAAUGAUAAUUUUCUUAAGAUUUUAGGUAUAACAUUGAAAGUUUACUUACAUGUAAAUUUAGAAAAAAAAAUAGAUCUUGUAUAGAUAUAGAAAAAAAUUAAAUAAUUAGUUUAUGGCAUAGAAAGUAUGAAAAAAAUUUUUUUGAAAAAAAAUUUAGUGGCCAAUAUUUAUAGUCGAUUCUUAUUUUAAGACUAUCAUAGAGAGCGUUUUAUUUGACACUCGCAACGCUCGCGAGCAUCCUUGUUUAAUAUUUGAUAACAACAAGGGUGAAAUAAUUUCGAGAAUAUUGCGAGCGUUAAGUAAAACACCCUCUCAGUAAUAUAUCAAAAUGCCAAUAUGGUUCUGUGAUUGAUUGAUGACAUCUUAAAAUAACAUUUAAGAUGGUCUUAAGUAUGAGGAUUGACUAUGAAUAACGGUCUUUGAAACAAAAUUGUGAUUAAGAAAAGGUAAUUAAUAAAAAUUGUAAGAACAAUUUAUCUUUCUUCUUUUUUCUUUGAAAAUUUAUGAUAAUAUAAAAUAUGCUUCUCGCAUAUUUUAAUUGAGAUAAAUUUACUGCAUGUUUUGUUAUUAUUUGUUAGAGCUUCUAUUUAUUUAUCAGCUUGUUUCUUUUAGAGAAACAAAAUGUAAGUUACAAAUAAGUGUGAGAAAUUGUUAUUUAAUUAUUAAGUUAAUUUAAAAAUAAACAUUGAGAGAAUUCUAAUGAAAGACGCAUAAAGUAAGAAGUUUCAUGAGAUAAAGAUGAAUCUAAACCUGGUUUUUAGAAACGCCUGCAAUUAAUCACGUUGAUAAUGCGUGUACCCGUACUUAUCCUAUAUUUAUCGUUCAAUGGCUACUUGAUUCUCUCUACAGAAUAAUCGUGCGAUUUUUAUGAAAGAGAAAAUUUUAUAAACAGAACAUACGCUAGAAAAGCUUCAAAUUAACUCUAGAAUUAUAUAUGAGAUGAAUUCCGUAAGCAGAAAAUAUUAGAAUUUUUAUGCAAAAAAGGGAAAAUUUUGAAGGAAGUUCUUUGUGAAAUUAGAUUAAAAAUAAGGAAAAUUUGAUAUUAAAAAAGUCACACGAGAGAAAUGAAAUAAAAUCAAAUAGAUAAUUCAGCGGUAAUGUGGGACACGAGUACGCAUCCCCCUGUACAUAAUCACGAUAUAAUUACGAUAAACAAUCUAUUUCCUCCGGGUUGUACCGGAUAAUACACGUGUAAUAUUUGUAGCAUUGUAAAUUGUACUCUGGCUUGCCCACUCCUCCCUCCUCCCUUUAUCUCAUUUACUUUAUUUGUUGUAAAAAUAUCAGCGGAUUCGUUUCUGCUGGCUGCACUUUCUACUAUUUUCAACUUUCUUUUUUAUUUUCUCUGCGUUAUUUUAAACCGCAUGAGAAAGUGCUGGCAGCAAGAGGUGGAUUUUCAAUCUUGUAUGUCUAGUGAUUUAUAUAAACGAGCAAAAUAGACGAGUGUAUUAUAUUAGAAAUGUAAACCGAAAUGAUUUCGGUCAAGCGAUUCUUUAGUGCGCUUGUUUAGUGCGUCACAAAACUAAUUUAUACACGUAUAUGACAGGUAUCACGAGUCAAGAAACGUGAUAAAAAAAGAAUAAUAUAAAGACUACAGGACGAAGCGCAGUAGUUUAAUUCCAUUUGAUCUAUUUCCGCUAUUUCACAGUGAUUCGAAUUUUACUUGAAGGGAGGUUUCAUAAUGAUAAUAAUUUAUUUUAAGUAAUGUGGGGCGGGGGAGACGGUUAUAUGAUUCUAGUUGGUACUUGUUUGGUAUUCAAGAAAGUAUCGGCUAACACAAGAGAUUUUAAUUGUGCCCCCUUAAGCUACGUAAUCACAGGAUAAUGACCUGAUUAUUUAUAUUAUAUAUACAUAUUAUAUGUAUGUAUAAUAUACAUUAUGUAUAUUAUUGUGUAUGCGUAAGGAUGCUCCCUUCGCCUUUUCCACUUGCCCUCUCCUCCGCCACAUACACACACAUACACAAACACACAGUAAUAAUUAAGUUGCGUGCCUGUAUUUUGUAUGAUCGAGCGAGAGUUCGAAGAAGAAAAAAUAAACGAAAUAUUCCUUACUA